AUGAAGUCGACUCUGGCUCUCUUCCUCACAAUCCUCUCCUCCACAUCCUCUGUCCAGGGCCGUUCCUUCAAGAACAACGUGCCGACAUUUGAGGUUGGCCCUGAUGCCAAAAUCAUCGGCAACAAGAUUGAGUACAAUGACCCAGACUGCGACCCAACCCUGGAAUGCCACACAACAAAGCCUUGCUCGAAGCCCGGCACCGCGCCGACUUUGGCGGCAGACAAGAAAUUCUUCGCCUGCUGCCUUGCCGGCCAGCGCCUCCUUGGCAGCCCCGAGACGGCUUUCGACUGCUGCGCCGAUGGCCAUGACCUUGUAGGAGCGCCCGAUGUCGGCUUUCGCUGCUGCCCGACAGGCUUCAAGUAUGACGGAAAGAUAUGCAAGCCAGUGUGUGCAAACGGGAAACAGCUGGUGGACGGGAAAUGCGUCUGUCCUGUGGGCCAGGAGGAGGGCCCCGAUGGCAACUGUCGACUCCAGGUUUGCCAAUCCGGACUGAGGUCUGGGAAAUGCUACAUCUUCUUCACCGAAAAAGGCAACAUCUUGGGCCUCCAGAACGACGGAAAAUACUACGCCGCGCCGGACAGCAUGGUCCACCGCUGGGCCAAGCUCCAGCUCUGCAAAGACCAAGAAUGCACCGCCGACCAGGCCAUCAGCCCCUCUGACGGCGUCUACAUCCGAGACCUACACGGCGACAUCCCCACGGGCGCCAACAAGGGCCAGUGGAUCAACAAUGCCGCCAACGGGGCGCACCUCGAGCGGACGACCAAGUUUGCCGAGGCGGGCCACUUCACUCUUACCAAGUGGCCGUGCGGAAGAUACUGCCUGGGCGGUGUUGGUCAAGGCGUCGGGGCUGCGUGCCCGGCCGAGACCGUCAGCUUGACAUUUUACUCGCAGGACCCGCAGAUGUGCUUCCCCUGGGACUUGACCGAGGUGCCCUGUGACACCAAGGCCAUCACAAACAACUGCAUUUGGAAGUCUGGAAAGGAACAGUGCUGCGAGCAGGACGAGGGUGACAGCAGACCGGCUCUUAACCAACCGUCUGCUGGCCACAAACCUGCCCUUAAGCGCCUAUGGGCAGGUGUCAAGGAUCGCGGCACGGCAUAUGACAUAGAAUCAGCAACUCUCCAGCCCUCGACCACGCCAGUCUGCAGAAAGCACGAAUGCCAAGUCUUGGGUAGCUACAGCUGGCAAGUCAAUGGUCCGGUCAAGUACAAGAUACCGGGCUCUGCACCAGUGUGGAAGCAACCAUUUCAAGUGCCGUUCAGGCUACCGAAAGACAGCAUAAUACCCACCCAGGAUGAGGAUUCUGCUCCUGUUUCCCACUAUCCAUUCGAGCCACUAUUUGAAGCCACAGGAAUAAUGAGUCCGGAAUUCCUCUUCGACAAGGUGGAUAUUGUGGUCAGCCGAAACAGCCUCAGAAAGCUCAUCGAAUUCUGCGACACGGGCCAUAGACAAACCUUCCGACUCAACCUGCUUAUGGUUCAUAAUACGUUAUUCAUCGAGCGCUGGGAGAAGGACGUCAACUGUCUGACCGGACAGGCCUACGGCUUGGGGUAUGACCGCAACUUUGAGCGAGAAUUUACCAAGUUCCCCGAAGGGGAAGAAAACAGUUCAGGAAAUCAUCGAUGCCUCCGUUACCUUCUCGGGGACUUGAACUGUGUGGUGCAGUUCGAAAUUGAUGCUCGCUACGAUAAGCCGAAGCCGGCGGAGACUGAUGCUGAGACCUCGCACGUCGAGCUGUCACUGGAUCAACUGUCCAUAGCAGACAGAACAAAAGCCAUACCGCAAUCUGCAGUAGCAGAAAUCAAGACGAUUCAAGGAGCCAGGGACCGGAGCCGAGAUCUGGCACAGCUCUGGUUUGGUCGAGUACCAUGGCUCAUCACCGGUCACCACACUGCCGGUCUUUUCACGAGCAUCGUGAUUGCAGACGUCGCACCUAAGCUGGACAAGUGGGAGAGAGACAGACAGGUCCAGCUUCGCAAACUGGCAACACUGCUCACCCGAUUUCGAGAUGCGGUCACAGGAUUCGGGGGCAACAAUUGCGUGGCGAUUUAUGAGCGCAAUUUAAAGGCUCCCACGAUUCGCGUCUGCGAGUCCAACUUAGGCCGAAGAGCGCUUCCCGAUGACUGUAUUCAAAAGUUCUGGGCGUCUGAAUAA